AUGUCAUCCACACCGGGGGAAGGGCAGUCCCCCCCGGCUCACCCACCUCCCCACUCAAACACUCCCCCCAACCGACUGCAGCGGACACAGGCGCCCCCACCUCCCAGCACAGAGACGGGGAUGGCGAAGCCGCCCACAGUGUGGCCUCCCUCCCUCACCCAGCCACAACAGCGGCCUCCCGCACACGCAACUGGAGCCAGGGCCGCGUACACUGUAGCAGUAGCAGGCGGUGGGUGUAACAACCCCCGAGCCGAGCGGCCGUACCUCGCCGUGUCCGUGUCAUGUCAGCGCCAACGCCGCAGCCCCAGCCGCUCCCUCCCUCCAUCCUCCCUCCCUCCCUCUCCACCACAGCCCGCCUCUGCCUCCGCACACAUUGGCCCGCUGCUCCGCACCCUGACAAACAUUGGGCCCGGGGUUGCUCAUCAAAAUCCACACUCACACCCGCCCCCGCCCCCACUCACACCCGCCCCCACUCGCCUCCGUCCCAACUCGCCCCCGCCCACACCCGCCCCCACUCACCGCUGUGCACACUCACUGACACUCGCCCCCGCCACACUCGCCCCACCCCCAUUCACACCGUCCACGCUCUCGCCCGCCCAGUCCAUAAUCAUGCUGGCCCCGCCCACCCGGACCCCGCCCACCCUGGCCCCGCCCACACGCGCCAACACUCGCCCCCGCCCACACUCGCCCCGCCAACACUCGCCCCCGCCCACAAUCGCUCCCCCCACACUCGCCAACACUCACCCCCGCCCACACUCGCCCCGCCCACUCGCCCCCGCCCACACUCGCCCCCGCCAACACACACCCCCGCCCCCACUCGCCCCCGCCCACACUCGCCCCCGCCCACACUCGCCCCCGCUCACACUCGCCCCCGCCCACACUCGCCCCCGCCCACACUCGCCCCCGCCCACACUCGCCCCCGCCCACACUCGCCCCCGCUCACACUCGCCCCUGCCAACACUCGCCCCCGCCAACACUCUCCCCCGCCCACACUCGCCCCCGCCCACACUCGCCAACACUCACCCCCGCUCACACUCGCCCCCGCCCACACUCUCCCCCGCCCACACUCGCCCCCGCCCACACUCGCCAACACUCACCCCCGCCCACACUCGCCCCCGCCCACACUCGCCCACACUCGCCCCCGCCCCCUCCCCCACACUCGCCCCCGCCCACACUCGCCCCCGCCCACACUCGCCCCCGCCCACACUCGCCCCCGCCCACACUCGCCCCCGCCCACACUCGCCCCCGCCCACACUCGCCCCCGCCCACACUCUCCCCCGCCCACACUCGCCCCCGCCCACACUCUCCCCCGCCCACACUCGCCCCCGCCCACACUCGCCCCCGCCCACACUCGCCCCCGCCCACACUCGCCCCCGCCCACACUCGCCCCCGCCCACACUCGCCCCCGCCCACACUCGCCCCCGCCCACACUCGCCCCUGCCAACACUCACCCCGCCCACACUCGCCCCUGCCAACACUCACCCCGCCCACACUCGCCCCCGCCCACACUCGCCCCCGCCCACACUCGCCCCCGCCCACUCGCCCCCGCCCACACUCGCCCCUGCCAACACUCACCCCGCCCACACUCGCCCCCAGAAAAAGAGGUCAUUUAACCGGCAUCUGUCCCUCAUCACUGUAUUUACCAUCCGAACUUGA